GAUGAGGAGGACAUUGAUGAGCUUGUUCGCAGUAUCCAUAAAUUGAAGGGGGAGCUACGGAAAUUGAUUGAUCCGGGAGGAACAAUGGCGGAUACGGAUGCUAUGUUCAUGUCUGCAGCACGAGAGAUGGGAAGAGAAUUAUACAUCGAUCUCUCCAUAAACGAACGCAAAGAAAAGUUGGAACUCAUGAUUUCCAAACUUCAACAAGAGAUAGAUCGUGAAGCCGAGAAGCGGGCCCACCUUGCCCAGGACCAGCACAAUGCCAAACAGGCCAGUCACGAAGCCAGCGCUGCCGGUAAGAUCUUAAAAAGUGAACAACGAAUGGAGGACUUAUAACUUCUUAUGAUUCAUUAUUGUGCCGGUAUGCAGCACUGCAAUGAAGCAAAAUCCAAAGAUUGA